CUUUCUCCUCUGUAAAAAUUACGCCGACAGCUAGCUGUAAACAAAACACAAGUUUUCGAUCUUCUGUUUUGCCCUUUUUUAUUCUCCAUAUCUCUCAGUCAUUAUGAAGUUUUAAAGGAAGUUUUGCAAUUUGUGUGAUUUAUUUACUCCUCAGUUUAUUUUUCCAAACCAAAAAUCUUAUAAGACGGUUUCAAACGAUGGCCAGAAGUAGAUCUGGGAUGCCCGUCUUCAAUCUGAUGCUAUAAUACGCAGCUUCUGCCUCGGCAGAUGAGGUGGUUCGGUUGUUGAAUGUGAUUUUGGAGGGAUGUUGUGAUGGGUAUUUAUAAACACAGCAGCGAGCUCUUCCCAGAGAGAAGAGGCAUAGCUGUUGUUGUGUCUAAAUCUCUGGAUUCACGUAGGAGUCGAAGGCUCAGCCGGGUUUCGAAACAAAGUUUGUUGCUUUGGGUUCUUCUGCUUGCUGUGCUGUUUUCAAUCUAUUUGAUUGUUGUUGGUUUGAAGAUGCACUCUCAUGGUGGGUUGCAAGACAGACAAGACAGUCAUUCAUCUUGGGUUGAAAUACAAGAAGAAAUUUCUGGAUUUAAUACUUCAGAAUCGACAAGGAAGAAACCACCCCGCAAGCAGAAGUUUUUCCCUUGUGAGGUAGCGUUGCGAGAUUCAGUUCAUUAUCUUAUUAACCCAGAGGAUUCAAUAAAUUUCACUUACUUCUCUUUGGAUUACAUCCAAAGAGAAGACAAGAUCUCUUGGAAUGGAGCUUCUGAACUUAGAUUUGGAGGACAUCAGACCCUUGAUGAAAGAGAAAAAUCAUUUUUUGCUACCAACCAAACAAUUCAUUGUGGCUUUGUGAAGGGGGGUGAAGGUUUCCCAAGCACUGGAUUUGAUUUGGAUGAGAAGGACAAAAGAUAUAUGAGUACAUGUAGAGUUGUUGUAUCAUCAUGCAUCUUUGGUAGCUCAGAUUUCUUAAGAAGGCCAACCAAUAAACUGAUGAGUGGAUAUUCCAAGAAGAAUGUCUGUUUUGUAAUGUUUGUUGACGAGGGAACACUUUCCAAGCUAGCAGCAGAAGGACAUGUUACAGAUGAAGAAGGACAUAUUGGGUUGUGGAAAAUAGUGGUUGUCAAGAACUUACCAUACGGAGAUAUGCGGAAAACUGGAAAGGUGCCAAAAUUUUUAUCUCAUCGCCUCUUCCCUUCUUCCAGGUAUUCUAUUUGGAUUGACAGCAAGUUGCGCCUUAUAGCUGAUCCAAUGCGGAUUAUUGAUCACUUUUUGUGGAAAACUGGGUCGGAGUAUGCCAUUUCAAAUCAUUAUACCCGGCACUGUGUCUGGGAGGAGGUGAUCCAAAACAAACGGCUAAAUAAGUAUAAUCACACUGCAAUUGAUGAACAAUUCAACUUUUACAAGGCUGACGGUCUUCCCAAAUAUGAUCCUUCUGACCCUAAUACACCUCUUUCAAGCUAUGUUCCAGAAGGUUCCUUUAUUGUCAGGGCUCAUACUCCAAUGUCAAAUUUAUUUUCAUGCCUUUGGUUCAAUGAAGUAGACCGUUUUACUUCACGCGACCAGCUUAGCUUUGCAUAUACAUUCUUGAAACUGAAGAGAACGAAUCCAGACAAACCAUUCCGGUUGCGAAUGUUUAAGGACUGUGAACGUAGGUCACUCGUGAAGUUAUUUCACCACAGGGUACUGUCGCCUCCUCCAUGAUGAGUCAAAGAUUACGAGUGUUGAGAAUUGUCACUGAAGUGUCUGCAUAGAUCGUUAUUCCUGUAUUCCUUUGCUGUCGCUUCAGAAAAUUUUGAGGAAUCCCUGGGCGGUUUAAUAGUGGACCUCCAAGGAAUGGGAAUGGGGUGCAUUGGCAUUCAAAUUUAUUGGUAGUCUGGUAGAUAUUGUAACUGAGGGAUUUUUUUUAGCUCGAGAAUCCAGUCCUAGGACUUGUACAUUCUUUCUUUUUUGUACAUUGAAAAUUCUGGGGGUUUUUUCUUUAUAUUUACCACAAUGAAAUUAAUUAUUUGUCAUUUAUUGCUCUUA